UUAUCAAGCAGCAUAAUGCACAAUAGACACUUUUUGAUUCAUUAAAUUAAAAUUAUUAUUUUUGUACAUUUACCUAAAAAAAAAAAUUUCUUAUACGGGCUAAAACAUUUUAUUUGAAUUCAAUUAAACAAGAAAUUUUCGGUUUUCUUCGUAUAUAAAUAAAGUUUUCAAAUUUUAAGAAUCAACAUGGCGAAUGUCGAACAAGGAAGCAAAGGCUUUGAUCCAUUUGCAGAAAAUUUGAUCAUGGAACAUUCAAUGACUGACGGACAAACUCUUACGCACUUGCUAAAGGCUGCUCUAGGAACGGGUAUUUUGUCGAUGCCAAUAGCUUUUAUGUAUUCAGGACUGUUUAUGGGAAUAUUUACAACAAUACUCACAGCCAUUAUUUGCACACAUUGUGCUUAUGUUCUAGUAAAAUGUGCACAUAGACUUUAUUAUGCAGAACAACGAUCUCAAAUGACAUUUGCUGAAGUAUCAGAGAGAGCCUUUUUGAGAGGUCCGAAAUGGGCUCAAAGCUGUGCAGUGUGUAUGAGGUUUCUAAUAUUGUUUGCACUGUUUCUAACGUAUUUUGGAACUUGUUCCGUCUAUACUGUGAUUGUUGCUAAAAAUAUACAACAGGUACUUGAACACUGGACAGGACAAUUACUCAAUGAUCGAGUUCUAAUUGCAAGUUUAUUAAUUCCAUGCAUUCUGCUGACAUGGGUGCCCGAUCUCAAGCGCUUAGCUCCCAUUUCAAUGGUUGCAAAUAUAUUUGUAGCAAGUGGUCUUGCUAUAACAUGCUAUUACCUCUUGGUUGAGAUACAACCAAUUGAGGAUAGAAAAUUCAUGAAAUUUGAAACAUUGCCAGCAUUUUUUGCGAUAACAAUAUUUGCUUUGGAAGCGAUUGGAGUAAUGUUGCCUCUGUCGAAUAGUAUGAGAACUCCGACACAUUUUCUUGGUCCUUUUGGUAUUCUCACUCAGGGAAUGCUUGGAGUGACAUUACUUUGUAUAGUAAUUGGAUUCCUUGGUUAUUGGCGAUAUGGUGAGGAUACUGCAGAAACUAUCACUUUGAAUUUGCCAGUUGAUGAGUUACCUGCACAGCUUGUGAAUUUGCUGAUUGCCUUGGCCAUGUUUUGUACAUUUGGAUUGCAAUUCACUGUUUGUCUGGAAAUCACGUGGAAUGGGGUUAAAAAAUAUAUGCUGAAUGGUUCACUCCUUGGAAAUUAUAUUGUUAGAACUAUCCUUGUUGUUGCUGCAGUUGGACUUGCAGUAGCAGUGCCUUCCAUUGCUCCAUUCAUGGGUCUGAUUGGUGCUUUCUGCUUUUCUAUUCUAGGAUUGAUUAUGCCUGUUGUCAUUGAAAUAAUAAUGAAUUUGGAAACUGGUUUUGGCAAAUUCAAUUGGAUUAUAUGGAAAAAUAUUUUGAUAUUAUUUUUUGGAAUAUUUGCAUUAAUAUUUGGAUCGAAGAGUGCUAUAAAUGAUAUAAUGAAAUUGUAUGAAUAAAAAUUAAUUAUGUUUAAGGA